AUGGCAAAUCAGUCAUUUUCUUGCCUACCCUUACUGUUUCUUUCCUUCCCCCAGCUGUCCAAGUACCAGGACCCCGAUUGCUUCACGUACAACCUGAACCACGUGGUGCUGCUGGUGGGGUACCGCCUGGUGGGCAAGGACUCGCGCUUCCCCCACAUGGCGCCGCCCUUCUGGAUCAUCCGCAACUCGUGGGGGCCUGACUGGGGCGAUGGGGGCCACAUGCGCAUGGACAUCCAGGGGGGGGAUGGCGUGUGCGGCAUCAACUCGCUGCCAGGCCUCUACCCUGUGGUCAAAGCUUCCGCUGACCCCUGCAGCAUAGCCGCCCGCAAUGAUAGCACUGGUUCGUUUUUCAAUCCCUGCGGCAAGUUCACCUGCAUUGCCAAGGGCAAGACAAACGAGUGUGACUGCAACGACCCGCGCUUCAUCCAAGCAACCAACGCCGAUGGCUCUCGCACAUGCGCCUACAAGGAUGCAUGCAAGGCAGCCCAGCGCAACCCAUGUGCGGUGGGCACGUGUGUGAAUGACGGGGCGGGGUCGUACUCGUGUGUCUGUCCACCGGGCUUCAGGCAGGGCACCACUGUUGAGGGCACCUUCUCCUGUGCUCCAGGUGACACCAACACCACCUACACCGUGCUCUCUCCCAACGUCCGCUGCUCCGAUGUCUUCCCGGUCUACGGCCUCACGCUCGCCCAGUUCCAAGCCCAGAACCCAUCGGUGUCGUGUGCAGCACCCAUCCCACCCUCCACCGUUCUCAAAGUGGCCAGCCCAGCCUCUCUCAUCCCCUGCUCCGUCUUCUACACCACUCAGCAGAAAGACACCUGUGAGGCCAUAGCAGGCUACUUCGGGACAGAUUUUCAGGCGCUCAACCCCAGCUUGGACUGCACUGCCAACGGCGGGCUACUGCAGCCGGAGCAGGCGGUGUGUGUGGAGCGUACGAUUGAUAAAGUGGGGCUCAUCCCGGUGUGCUCGCAGUACUACCUGGUGCAGAGCGCAGAGACGUGCGAGUCCAUCCGCAAUAUACCCUUCCCCCCUCUGAGCCCCGUUGACUUCUUCCGACUCAACCCCGGCAUCAAGUGCAACCGCCUCAUUCCAAACACUGAUGUUGGCAGCUUCACUGGCUUUGAGGCAUGCAUUGCGAGCUCCACGUCGUACACUCAGGGCACGUGCCCACGUGCGAAUGCGUAUGUGGUGGGGACAGGCGACAGGUGCACGGGCCUUCAGGUGAAGUACUUCCGGGGCAUCAAGGGCUGCUACAGGAAAGUCAACGGAUACGACUGCAUCGACAAGCUCGUCAAAUCAACCCGCGUGUGCCUGCCUGACAAAGUCAAGCUUAAAAAAGGAGUGUGCGACAACUGA